UCCGGAAGCCCGCAAAUUCCGGAAGCCAGUGUAACCUUGCUUCGGCUAGAAAAAGGGAAGGUUUCCAGAGAAUGUUUCUGAAAAAGUUACGCGGAGCGUGGGCGGUUCGCAGACUCCUAAGCUCCUGGCAAGAGUAAAGUAAAGAUUUCAGAAAAGAAAGUGCAACCAAGAUCCCCACAGCCAUAGCUAUAGGCUGUCAAAUCAAGAAGGAGCUGCAAGAAGGGGAAAAGAUACCUUUGAAGAAGACAUGACUUCCAGAGAAGAUGAUACAAAGAGUACAAAUAGAGUGCUAAGAAUAAGUCAGCUGGAUGCACUGGAACUAAACAAGGCACUGGAGCAGCUAGUUUGGUCCCAGUUUUCUCAAUGCUUCCAUGGAUUUAAACCAGGGCUGUUAGCUCGCUUUGAGCCAGAAGUGAAAGCAUUCUUGUGGCUUUUCUUGUGGCGAUUCACCAUCUACUCCAAAAAUGCCACUGUGGGACAAUCAGUUUUGAAUAUUCAGUACAAAAAGGAUCUUUCCUCAAAUACACAUUACUUUCCACCAAGUAAAAAUCAGAAACUCUGGUAUGCUGCAUGUACCAUUGGUGGGAGGUGGCUAGAAGAGCGAUGUUAUGACUUGUUUCGAAAUCAUCAUUUAGCAUCGUUUGGGAAAGUCAAGCAGUGUGUGAAUCUUGUGUUUGGACUUUUGAAGUUAGGUGAGUUAGUUAAUUUUUUGAUUUUCCUUCAAAGGGGAAAAUUUGCCACUUUAACGGAGCGUUUCCUAGGCAUUCAUUCUGUUUUUUGCAAACCCCAAAACAUGCGUGAAGUUGGCUUUGAGUAUAUGAAUAGGGAACUCCUCUGGCAUGGUUUUGCUGAGUUUCUGAUUUUUCUCUUGCCACUUAUCAACAUCCAGAAGUUGAAAGCCAAAUUAUCCUCAUGGUGUAUCCCCCUUACUGGUGCCCCAAGUAGUGACACUACAUCACUGAGCAGUGGCAAAGAAUGUUCUCUGUGUGGAGAGUGGCCCACCAUGCCUCACAUCAUAGGCUGUGAGCACAUUUUCUGCUAUUAUUGUGUGAAGAGCAGUUUCUUGUUUGACAUGUACUUUACUUGUCCUAAAUGUGGCAAAGAGGUGCACAGUGUGCAGCCACUGAAGUCAGGAAUUGAGAUGUCAGAAGUGAAUGCUCCUUAGAAACUAAAACUGUUUCCUCUGC